AUGGAGGGGAUUGGAUUGAGGUCGGCUCGCAAUAGACACAGCCGCUCUCGUCGCCGUUCUCGCCGGGAAUCAAGGGUGCACUGCAGACGGCGAUCGCUUUCGUUAAAAUCAAAUCGCGAACGAUAUAAGACGGUGGACACGUACUCAAGGCGGCGGCAAAUUUUGGAGUUUCGUUGCCAGCAGGAGGAUGUUGACGAUCGGGAUGCGAAUAGCAAUAGGGGAGCAGCUGGUUUUGAUAGGAAUGGUGGACGGGUGGCUGGGCUUGCACGCAAAUGUGACGGUGCGAAGGAGAGAGAUGAACGGUGCAAUGAAAUGCUUUCACGUAACAGUGGGCUUGAGAGAAAAGAAUUUGAUAAUUUGGGAACGGAGCUUAAACGGCCAGCUUCGCGAGAGGGUAGAACUGGUGAAACACGAACACAGAAUUCAAGAGGCAAUGAUGGAGGAAGUGCACCGUUGAGACCGUCGGGCCAGAGUAGAGUUGUUAAGGAUGUUGACUCCGGCAGAGGAGGUACUGGAGACUCAGAGGUUGUUCGGGUGGGAGAAGUUGAGGUUCCGUUAGCUGCACGUAAUGAGAAAUUGAAGAAGCUUAUGCGUAGCUAUAGUACGAAGCCCGAUGAUGUGGCCUGGGCACAAAAUGGUCUCGUGGCGACUAUUAUUAAUGGUGAGGCGGUUCCAGUUGCGCAACGUAGAAUAAUGGACGCAGGUUUCAAUGAUAUCAUCCUCAUCCCGAUGGGGGCUGAUAAGGUUUUUGUCCGGAGUUCGUCAGGAAAUGAUGUGAAGGCCAUUUUCAAUUCGGCUAAAGAGUUUUUUCAGCUCAUUUUAUCGAGCUGGAAGUGUUGGGAUAACCAUGGACAGGAUUAUAGAAGAGGUGCCUGGGUGCGUUUGUAUGGUGUCCCGCUGCAAGCCUGGAACGAGGAUUUUUUCAAGUUAUGCGUCUUUGAUUGUGGCAGGCUUUUACGAGUGGAUAAUAGUUCGUUGGAAAAGGAGCGUAUAGAUUAUGCCCGUGUUAUGAUAGCUACACCUAAUCUGGAAAUUGUCAACACAGUCGUGCAUGUAUUGGUUGACGGUAUCCAAAUUGAGGUGAAAAUAAUGGAGGAAUGGGGUUAUUCCCUCGGGGAGGAUAAUUGUCUAUUUGGGGACGACGACGAUUCAGUGACAUCUCAACCCAAUCUUGAAGAGGGGCAGUGUGAUCCGGAAGCCAGCCGUCAUCUUGACAAUAUGGUUGAGAAUUUUGUAAAAGGGUUGAAUGUAGAAGAUGAAAUAGGAUCGCAGGAGGAUUUUGAAUGCUCUAAUUUGGGAGGACGAGUGGAGGGCGGAUGUAAGAAUGUUGGAGAGGGCAGUGUUUCGAUUUGUUCGCCAGCUAAUGGAAAUGGGUGCUUUACCGGCAUCAAAGGGAGUGAUGGGUCAUUAUCAUUUUCGUCUAAUGGAAACCGUGCUUUAUCUUUCCCUCCAGGAGUGUCACGUCCUAUGUUAUCGGGGCCAUGGAGUUGGGAGUGUUUGAAUGAUCUAAACCAAAGGGAUGUCGGAGUAAUCUUCUCUGCUAGUAAAGGCCCUCGUAAAGAAGAGCGCAUUGGUGAAGGCUUAAAGAAGAAUGGUCAGGAGGAUCCUAAGCGGAGAAAAGGAGGGGGAGUUUUUCGGCAUACGGUAUCUAGUCUUAAGAAAGUAGCCAGAAUGCCUAGCAAGGAACGUGCUGAGGUUUUAAAAGCGGUAAAAAAGAUUAAGCAUCGUAGUAGAGACAGUGGAGAGGUUGUUAAGGCUGGUGGUGAGCGUCAUCCAGUUCCUUCCACCGAGUCGCCCUCGACGACUUCUAAUGAUUGGAAGCACUGGGUAGUUAUGCAGGGUAAUGAUAAGGUGGCUGCAGACGAUGUAAGAUCGGUAGGGGAAGCUAUAGGAGUUCAGAUCACAGGUGGUUCUAAGAAUAUGUUUAGCGUGCUCGCUCGGAAAGGUAAACAAAAGCAGGAAACUAAGUUGCAAUCUUGCGAUGAUGUUAUGUGUUCGACUUUUUGGGGUAACUCUCCUCAUGGAUUCUCCUAUCGUCCUUCGGUGGGUGCUUCAGGAGGGCUCUUAACUUUAUGGGACACAGCUGAAGUAGAGCUGUGGUCGUCUGAGAGUUUCGAGAACGUUUUGUGGUGCCAUGGUAUUUUUGUUAGGUCUGGUGAGGAGUUUUAUAUAGCCAAUGUUUAUGCGCCUUGUGAUUCAAGGGCUAAACAGGUUUUGUGGGACUCUUUGUCAGCAAAAAUUCAGGCGUUAGGGAGUGUUAGGGUGUGUGUUUGUGGGGAUUUUAACGCCGUCAGAUGUGUGGACGAACGUCGUUCAACCAAUGAUGGGUAUCGGCAGUCAGACCAUAUUCCUUUUAACCGUUUUAUUGAUGACAAUUCAUUGAUUGAUCUUCCGUUGUGUGGCCGAAAGUACACCUGGUUUAAAGGAGACGGGCGUUCCAUGAGCCGCUUGGACAGAUUUCUGCUGUCUGGGGAGUGGUGUUUGACUUGGCCUAAUUGUACGCAGGUAGCCAGGAUGAGAGGGCUCUCUGAUCACUGUCCCUUGGUUCUGGCAACAGAUGAGGAGGACUGGGGACCCCGGCCUCUGAGGAUGUUGAAAUGUUGGAAAGAUGUCCCUGGAUACCAUCUUUUUGUGCGUGAGAAGUGGAAUUCCUUUCAGAUUGAUGGUUGGGGAGGUUUUGUACUUAAAGAGAAGUUUCAAAGGAUUAAGACGGCCUUGAAAGAUUGGCAUUCAUCUCACACUCAGAAUCUGCCAAGUCGGAUCGAAUCUCUUAAGGACCGGUUGACAGUGUUUGAUGAGAAGGGGGGUGAGGAGGCUCUAUCUGAGUCUGAGUUAGCGGAGUUUCGUGGGGUCUCGUUGGAUAUUCAUUCUCUUUCUCGGUUGAAUGCUAGUAUUUGUUGGCAACAAUCUCGGUCGCGGUGGCUCAAAGAAGGGGAUGCAAAUACUAAGUAUUUUCAUUCAGUCCUCGCGAGUAGGCGGAGGGGUAAUGCUAUUUCUUCGCUGCAGGUGGACGGUAUUAUGGUGGAGGGGGUGUCAUCUGUUAGGCAUGCGGUUUUUUCUCACUUUGCGUCUCACUUCAAGGCCAUUAAUGUGGAAAGGCCUCGGGUAGAUAAUCUUACCUUUAAACGGUUGCAUGCGUCGGAGGUGAGUGGGCUAAUCAAGCCUUUUUCUGCGGACGAAGUAAAGGCAGCUGUUUGGGACUGUGACAGUUACAAAAGACCGGGCCCCGACGGGAUUAAUUUUGGUUUUAUUAAGGAUUUUUGGGCUGAGAUGCAAGGUGAUAUUGUGCGUUUUAUUUCGGAGUUUCAUCGGAAUGGCAGAUUGACUAAGGGUUUAAAUGCCACUUUCAUAGCUUUAAUACCCAAAGUUGACAGCCCCCAAAGGUUGAAUGACUUCCGGCCUAUUUCUCUUGUGGGCAGCCUUUAUAAGAUCUUGGCUAAGGUGUUAGCGAAUCGUCUGCGUGGGGUGAUGGGUAGUGUGAUAUCUGAAUCUCAGACGGCUUUCAUUAAGGGCCGACAAAUUCUCGAUGGCAUCCUUGUCGCAAAUGAGGUAGUGGAUGAGGCCCGUAAGUCUAAGAAGGAGUUGCUUCUUUUUAAAGUUGAUUUUGAGAAGGCUUAUGACUCGGUUGAAUGGGGUUAUCUGGAGGAUGUUAUGGGGAGAAUGGGUUUUCCAACUCUGUGGAGGAAGUGCAUUAAAGAAUGUGUGUGUACGGCAUCUGCUUCGAUUUUGGUUAAUGGCAGUCCGACUGAUGAGUUUCCUCUUGAGAGAGGUUUAAGGCAGGGGGAUCCGUUAUCUCCUUUUCUUUUUCUAUUGGCUGCUGAGGGCUUACAUGUGUUGAUGGAAGCCAUGGUGGAACGCAAUGUGUUUACGGGGUACAGCGUGGGCGAGCUUGCACCAGUGUCGGUGUCGCAUCUUCAAUUUGCUGAUGAUACGCUGUUGAUGGGGAAUAAGAGUUGGGCGAACGUCCGGGCUUUACGGGCAGUCCUUGUGUUGUUCGAGUCUAUGUCUGGUUUACGAGUGAAUUUUCACAAAAGCAUGCUGGUUGGGGUUAACAUCCCUGAUUCUUGGUUAGUUGAGGCGGCGUCUGCUCUGUGCUGUAAAGUAGGGAAGAUCCCUUUCCUUUACUUGGGUCUGCCUAUUGGGGGUGAUCCGCGGCGCUUAUGUUUUUGGGAACCGGUUUUGGAUCGUCUAAAGAAUCGCUUAUCGGGUUGGAGUAGUCGUUUCCUCUCUAUUGGUGGUCGUUUAGUUUUGCUUAAAUCCGUGCUGACAUCUUUGCCUGUUUAUGCUCUUUCUUUCUUUAAAGCUCCUUCAGGUACUAUCUCUUCUAUUGAAUCUAUUUUGAUUAAAUUUUUUUGGGGGGGAAGUGAGAAUCUUAGGAAACUGUCUUGGAUUAAUUGGAAUACUAUUUGCUUGCGUAAGGAGUAUGGGGGUUUGGGGGUUAGGCAGUUGAGGGAGUUCAACUUGGCCCUGUUGGGACGGUAUGGGGUAGUGCGAGGUAGGUUGUGUGAGGGUGGAGCAUGUGGGUCGACAUGGUGGAGGGAGUUGGCGCGCAUUCGGGAUGGUGGAGGGGAGGCAGGGAGAGGGUGGUUUAUGGAGGGUGUUGUGAGGCAGUUGGGGGAUGGGUCAGAUACUUUUUUCUGGACCGAUCCCUGGGUGGAUGGUAUCUCGUUACGGGAGCGUUUCGGGAGGCUGUUUGACCUGGCAGAAAACAAAUCGGCUACAGUGGCUGAGAUGUUUUCGCGUGGGUGGGAGGUUGGAGGGGAGGAUCAUGUUUCAGACAGGUGGCAUUGGCGAACUGACCUGGAUGACGGUUACACGGUUCGUGAUUCUUAUCAGCUCUUGACGAGUCAGGAUGACGUUACUCUGGAUGCUACGUCAGGUCUUAUAUGGCACCGUCAGGUUCCUUUGAAGGUUUCCAUUUGUGCUUGGCGACUCUUGCGGGAUAGGUUACCUACCAAAGCAAACCUGGUCACUCGAGGGAUUUUAUCUACGGAGGCGCAUUUUUGUGUUUUUGGUUGCGGGGAGGUUGAGUCGGCUCAGCACUUGUUCCUCUAUUGCAGCUCUCUUGGUCCUCUUUGGUCACUGGUCAGUUCAUGGAUUGGUUCUCCUUCGGUGACUGCUCAGACUCUUCCAGAACACUUUGUUCAGUUUACGGAUUCAGCAGGUGGUUCUAGAGGUCGACGUUCUUUCAUGCAGCUCGUAUGGCUUGUUUGUGUUUGGGUUGUGUGGACCGAAAGAAAUCAUCGAUUGUUUACAGGCUCAGCAAAUUCAGUGCAUCAUACGGUGGAUAAGAUCAAGACGUUUUCAUUUAGGUGGUUGAAAGCGACGAGUAUCACUUUAGCUUUGAACUGCCAUAGUUGGUGGUCUAAUCCUUUGCUUUGCUUGGGUCUUGUAUAGUUUCUUUUGG